UUGAUCCUUGCAACUCAGGGAGGCCGGGGGUGCUGCUCAGGUCCUGCUCAGGGAAGAAUCACCCAGCCCUAGUAUCCAUGCCUCUGGUUGAAACCGGUUCCAAGGGGCUGUUAAGACCUUGGGUCACCUUCUUCUCUCUCCUCCCUUCCCCUCCUUCCCUCCUCCUUCUCCCUCUUCUCCCUUCCUUUCCAGGAAAACUCAAUUUUUACAUCCAGGACUUUAGGAAAACGUAAGCAGUGAAAAGACAUGAGAGAACGUCAGUGAUGUGUGUUUUACUGGCUUGUGUGGAGUGAGGGAAUCCAACGCUAUCCAGCUGACUCUGAUGUAAACCCUGUUGCGACAAAGUUAUCUUGAGGGAGCAGAUCCUGGUCUAUGAAGCGUCUCAGGAAGACAGGAUUUCUUGCUCGGCACCUGCACAGGGAGCCUUUGUGGGAUAAAGUGUGUGAAGCUGGAAUUGUGAUGUUUUGGCAACUCAGUGACUUCCAGGUGGAUCCUGACGCGCUGUUUAUGAAAGAUGACCAUUCAGAGUCACUUCCUAUGUUCCUUUCAUACAUGUGGUUUCCUGGAUCCUGAUUAUCAGCUGAGAUUUGAGUUGGAGGGCAGAAUUUGGAGAAUUCCUGCAACUUUGUGACUCGAGGGGGGCAGUCAGCUGAAGAAAAUUCACCUUUUGAGGAGUUCUGCAUCUCACCAUCAUCUGCCAUCCCUGAGUGCCAAAGAAGGACUCCAUGAAAGAUGACAGAAGAAGUCAUCGUGAUAGCCAAGUGGGACUACACGGCCCAGCAGGACCAGGAGCUGGACAUCAAGAAGAACGAGCGCCUGUGGCUGCUGGACGACUCCAAGACAUGGUGGCGGGUGCGGAACGCGGCCAACAGGACGGGCUAUGUGCCUUCCAACUACGUGGAGCGGAAGAACAGCCUCAAGAAGGGCUCCCUCGUGAGGAACCUCAAGGACACACUGGGCCUCGGCAGGACCCGCAGGAAGACGAGUGCGCGCGAUGCCUCGCCCACGCCCAGCACGGACGCAGAGUUCCCCGCCAACGGGGGUGGCGCCGACCGCAUCUAUGACCUCAGCAUCCCAGCCAUAGUCAAGUUCGCAUACGCGGCUGAGCGCGAGGAUGAGCUGUCGCUCGUGAAGGGCUCUCGCGUCACCGUCAUGGAGAAGUGCAGCGACGGCUGGUGGCGGGGCAGCUACAACGGGCAGGUGGGCUGGUUCCCGUCCAACUACGUGCUGGAGGAGCUGGACGAAGCGGCCGCUGACACGCACGGAGGCCCAAGCCUGCGGCCCGGAGCCGCACUCAGCAAUGGCCAGAGCUUGCGGGUCCUGCACGUGGUGCAGACACUGUACCCCUUCAGCUCGGUCACCGAGGAGGAGCUUAACUUCGACAAGGGCGAGACGAUGGAGGUGAUCGAGAAGCCUGAGAACGAUCCUGAAUGGUGGCGUUGCCGCAAUGCGCGUGGCCAGGUCGGCCUAGUGCCCAAGAACUACGUGGUGGUGCUGAGCGAGGGCCCAGCCCUGCACGCAGGCUCUGGCCCCACAGGGCCCGCUCGUGCGGGCCGGUUUGCAGGCCGGGAGUGGUACUACGGGAACGUGACUCGCCACCAGGCCGAGUGCGCGCUCAACGCGAGAGGUGUGCAGGGCGACUUCCUCGUCCGCGAUAGCGAGUCCUCGCCCAGUGACUUCUCCGUGUCUCUCAAAGCAUCAGGGAAGAACAAGCAUUUCAAGGUGCAGCUCGUGGACAAUGUCUACUGCAUCGGGCAGCGGCGCUUCCACACCAUGGACGAGCUGGUGGAGCACUACAAGAAGGCGCCCAUCUUCACCAGUGAGCACGGGGAGAAGCUCUACCUCGUCCGAGCGCUGCAGUGACACCACCGGGUGCUCCGCGCUCCCUGAGCCCGGCCAUGCACCCCAGAAGAAGCCCACAUCCUGGGCCCUCCUACCAGCCGGCCCCCGGGGUUCGUCCUGCACCACUCUCUCCGCCUGGUUUCCCUUCUGUCCGGGUCGGUUUGUUUUCCAUCUGCCCCCUUCGGCAUCCCAGGCCCCCCCAGCCGGCUCUGGAGGCGGGGAGGGGGCCAUGGGCCCAGGGCUCACCUGUUCCUUCUCCAUGGAAACAGCCUUAGUCUGUGGACAUCGCUCACGCCAUGUGGCCCCCCUUCAGGACCCGGGCGCGGUUUGAAUGCACCGAAGCUGCCCUUACUCCUGAGCUACAGCACCCUCAACGGCGGGCCUGGCUCUGGGCGGCACCUGCCGGGGCCCUGGAUCCGGGUGCUGGGUGCUCACACAGCCCCAGACUCCGGGGGGCGACCCCACGCGCUCCUAGCAAUACUGGGCCCCCCGGUGAGACAGGAGGGAAGAAGCUGUCCAGUGCCUUUGGGGCUGCGCUUGCAAUAAAGAAAAGAGGUCCUGGGAAGUCGGCCCACAAAGGCGGGGCCAGAGACGUGGAAAGAUGGAGGUUUUGGAAAUUUCCCCCAGACGUGCCAUCUGCAUAGUGCUUUUUCCUCUUGCCCUUCAGCUUGCUUCAAUUUCACAGUUAUGUAUUUAAUUCUCAAAGUUAUAUGUAUCUGUAGCCAUUUGUUGACACUAAUCCAGAUGAUUAAGGAGAACAGCUGAUCUUUGGGGGAGGGGCGUGACAGACACUUGACACACACACACACACAAAUAUAUAUAUAUUAUUUGCUUUAUGGGGAAAUUUUUCAGGGUUUACAAAAGAAUAUGUGAUCGGUAGUGAGAGACACAGAAUGUUUAUGAAGAAAUUGCGUUUUCUUUUUUUCUUUACAUUUGAACUUCUUUAUAGGUGAAAUAUAUACAGUCUUGAGGUGGCACAUUCCUACAGUUGAGGAAGGGGUCUUGGGACCUCCUAAACUUGUAUACUCAGUUUUUUGGAUAUUGUAAUAAAAAAGUAUUAUGACAAGACCCCGUGUGUGCUGAUCCUUGGCGAAGCUCUGACUCAGCAGCCUUGACUGAAGACCCGGUGCCUGGAAGGGAGCGUUUGUAGAGAGGAAUUUGAACAACUUUAUCACUCGUAUGUUUUCUUUUUUUACCAUUUUUGUAUCUUGAAAUAAUAAAUUUUAAUGCCUGCAACUCCAA